GUCUGCUUUGCUUUGCUCCAGUCCAGUGAAAUACACGACACGACCUCUAGCUUUGGUGUGUCAACCGAGGAAUUAAACUAACCAAUCUUCGCAAAUUCAUAGAUCAGAGUAUUGAAACGAUGGGUGUAGGUUUCCUUGUUGGCGUACUUGGAGUCGUAAUUCUCGCUCAUGCAGCUUAUUCAACCGUUCAAUAUAGGGGCUUGCUGAAAAUUAUGGAAGAGGAGUUCUCUGGGCCUCCUUUCAAUGUGGUGAUUGAGUUGCUUCUCGGGUUAUUGUUAUGUACGUGGGCAGCCCUAACGGUGCCAGGGAAGUUUUUGUCAAUUCACCCCGAUUCUGAUGAUAAUAGGAUGGUUUCUUUACCAGGCAACCUGGAAUACAUGAUCUUCAACCAUCGUGGGAAAGCUUUUCCUUCAGAUUUGAAUUUGAAGCUGAAACAUUGAGGUGGUUUCACUUGGAUUAAGAAAUUUUCCAGAGGCUUAUAUGAGAAGUGCUCUAUUUUUCAGAUACUUGUAGUUGAAAAGAUGAAGCUAGGAUAAUCAAUUGAACAUAUCCGAUUUCUUGACUUGUUCUAGUUGAUCGGAUGAUGUAGCAUAACUAUACUUUGUAUUUGUUUAGCUGCUUACCAGUUCGUGGCAAAAUUAAAAAUUCUCUGUUUAUUACUGGAAAUUUAAUUGAGACCCGUUUACAAAGUAGUCUGCACCAAGCCCAAUGAGCUUGAGGUCUGUUAAACAUGAAUGGACAAAUAGCUUAAACUGCAGUAAAUUGCAUUUGUAUUUUGGAUU